AUGGUUCUUGUAACUUCGUGGUCGGACUUGAUGAGCCGUACGGUGUUUUCGCUUGGACUUAUAUCCACGACUACAAGCUUGAAAGAGCUAUUACGUCUCCUACCGACCACGAUCGAUGGUGGUAGCUUCGGACUGCGAUCACGCAGUAGUCAAUUGGUGCUCCACUUGGUACAUCUACUCUUUGCAGCCUGGGGUGUGCUAGUGUUAGGUCUUCACAUCCAAGCGGCUUUGCAGCCUGAAUUACCACAAUGCACCUUACAAGUCCACCCAUGGGCAGUGUCUGAACCUGCCUGCUACUUGGCUGUUCUUGAUUGCUAUCGCCUGGGUAUCUCCGGAAAAAUGAAUGAAUACCAGACAUGA